AUGGGUCACCCCCGUCACAAGGAGAGGGCCAACAGGGCUCGGGCAAUGGCCGCACAGGGCAUCACCUUACCUGCUACGGGUCUGAAGCGUGUGAGAGAGGACGAUCUCAGCGAUUCUUUCGGGAAGGUAAAAUUAGAGGACGCUAGCGGAUUCCGAGCUAGCAAACAGUCAAAAGUUACAUCUUCGGUGUCUUUAGAGGUCAAGGCAACAGACCCGGUGAUACCAAAGGUAGAGGUCUCUCCAGGGUUAGUGCAAGUUCAGGCUUCAACAUCUCAGCCUCCUCCCGCGGGGCCCACUAUAACUUUGAAGUUUGAAGGAGAAGGUGCCCACAUUGCGAACCGUGAUCGUCUAAGGAAAGCCUAUUGGACAGAGAAGCCCGUAUUCUCAGAUGUAUACAAGAAGAAGAUUUUCAGCGAUGACAUGACUGAAGACGAAAAGAAAGAGGCCAUAAAACAAUCAUAUAUUGCAACAGUCGAAGACCUUUACGGAUUGGGUUGGAGACAUCACGCCAGAAACCAUCCUAAUAACGAACCGGUCCCUCGUGACUUUGUAGUUGCUAGAGCAAGAGAACAUUUGCGAAUCGCAGACAAAUGCGAGUGUGAAAUCUUCACUCCCGAUGGUCUUACGGAGUAUGAGACUGCUAUUUGGAACAACGAGGUGUUGAACUGGCCACACAAUAAACACUUGGUAGAGCGCACCUUGGUGGUCGAUGUGGAUGUGGCUGUUCCGUACGAACAUCCCAAGUUCAAGGUACCUGCCCUGGACAAGGACUGUGAUACGGAAAUGUCGGAGUCCGCCCCUCAAACAAAGGGAACCUACAAGAUCAGAUCUGAAGAGACGACUGAAGUGGCUGAGUGGGAUCGUGACACUGAUAACUGCCACUGGGAUGGCGAGUCUCCAAGAGAGGGAAGCCUAACUGGAGCAAUGUAUUGGUGGGGCAUCGAUAAUUCCAAAUUUCCUGCGGUUCCUUCGCCAAUCGUGAAGCCCCACUUUGCUGAACAAGCAGCAAACGUCCUCAAAGCGGUCUACAAGGAUGCCUCGAAGGGAACAUUCGGGGCCAAAAGCUCUCCUAAGAACAACAUUAAGAUUCCAGGCGACGAGAAAAAGGAACUUAAUAUGCGCCAGGGUUACUUCCCCCCACCCGACAGUGAUGCCUUCAAAGCCCCCCCUCCUGAUAUCGGCUGUAUGCCAAUCCAUGAUCGAUACUCCUACUGGUUGGUUUGGCUUCAGGCCAAUGGAUAUACUGGAAACCAGUUCGUAUGGCUCUGCGGGAAAGAUUGCGACUCCCUUCGUGAGGACCAUGGAUUGAAAAAGCAAAAGGACGAAGCUGAUGAUGAUACCUCUAAAAACCACUUCAACACUACACUUUGGAUGCGGGCAACACGUCUACGCGACCGCUAUAUGAAAGACGAGAAUAGGAAUGGAGUUACAAAGCUUACCCGUGGUAAAGGCAAGAAGACUCAGGGCAGGAAAACCAAAUCCAAGACCAAGAAGAAUAAAGGGAAAAAGGUCAGUAAGGGGGAUUUCGAUGACGAUGAAUAUGAAGAAGAAGAGGGACAAGAAGAGGAGGAGGAGGGGGGGGAGGAGGAGGAGAGGAAGGGGAAGGAGGAAAGGAAUGAAGAAGAACUCGGUGAAAGCGACAAGGUCAAGGAACAGCAGGAAGAAACCGAGAACGGCGGGAAGGGUUCCGCCUAG